CAAAUUUUGAAACCAAGUGAUAUUUUUGCAGUUCGAUUUAUUUUGUGUUUUUGUUUUAUUUUUCAAUAAAGAAUGUCGGUGUCUACAACCAUUGAGCCAUACCUGCCGAAUUCAAUUCCUUUUGCGCAAUACGUUGAGCAGCUUGAAUACGUGUUCCUCAAUAACAAUGUACCAGAAGAGCGCUACAAGACAUCUUUUCUAGCCGUGUGUGGCGUAACGGUAUUUUCUGAAAUCAAAAAGCUUUUUCCCGGUCAGGACGUUAAAACCCUAUCUUACCAGCAGAUUACGGAACAACUUAAAAAGAGAUUUGACAAGUGUGAUUCGGAAGUGAUCAAUAGUUACAAGUUUUGGAGCAGAAGGCAGGGUCGAAAUGAAAAAUCGGAGGAUUUUGUGAUAGCGGUAAAGGUUCUAGCAGAACAAUGUGGGUUCGGUACCUUUAAAGAUAGGGCCAUUCGUGAUCUUUUGGUGAUAGGCGUAUAUAACCGUGAGAUUCAGAAGCGUUUGUGCGAUGAGGAUGAUCUAACUGCUGCUAGGGCGGAAAAACUUAUAAUGAAUCACGAAAUUUCUAACAUAAGAACGAGUGUUCUGAAGGAUGAUGAAGAUCAUAAUACUUCGAUAGUCGCUCGUUUGGGUAGGAAGGAAGUUCGCUCUAGUUCAAAACAUAGGUAUCGCGGUAGAAAUAAAAGCGGUAAUCGUAGUGUUUCAUUUUCACCUAGGCAUAAACAAGGAAGAUAUGGGGACCGGAGAUAUGAUUCAGAAAAACCGACAUAUUUUUGCUCUUUCUGUAAGAAAAGCGGCCACACACGCAAGUUUUGCUAUAAGUUACAUGGUAGAGGACAGCAUCAAGCAGAGGUCAAGUUCAUAGGAUCUCCGAAGAAAACCUCUAGCAGUAGCAAAAGUGGGGGAUCAAAUUUUAAAAGACCUUGUUAUACGGAUGAUGAAGACGAAGAGGAUUUACCCUGCAUGAUGAUUUCCUCGAUCAAUCGCAUAAACGAAGCCUGUCAUGUAAAGGUGUUAGUGGAGAAACAUACUUUGACAAUGGAGAUUGAUUGUGGAUCUGCAGAGACCGUCAUUUCUGAAGAACUUUUUCUGAGAAAUUUUGGACAGAGACAGCUUUUACCUUGUAACAAGAAACUGGCAGUAAUUGAUGGCAAGAGAUUGAAGGUAUUAGGAAAAAUAAGUGUCUCAGUUCAACUCAAAGGCAAAUUGCAGCAGCUUCACAUGAUUGUGCUUCGUUGUGACAACGAUUUUACUCCUUUGAUGGGCCGCACCUGGUUGGACUGCUUCUAUGCAGGAUGGAGAAAUGUUUUUUCAAAUCCGGGGACUAAGGACGAGAGCAUUAACAAGCUCGACGAGGAAAAUGUGGUCGAUCAGUUGAAAAAUAUCGCUCGGAGGAAGGUUGAUUACUGCGCACAAACGACAGAUUAAGAUUUCCGACGAUCACAGCCGCAAAACUAGCUCACAUUUUGUAAUACGCGGCGAGAGUGCGCUGGUCAACCCCAGAAAGCGAAGGAGAGAACCGGAUGUCGGAGAGGAGGCCUCCUCCGAUCAAGAGCCUGAUUUUUACGGUUUUCCCGCAGAAUCAUUUAUUUUUAGAGAAGAUUCUCCGAUCGGAGAUCAAAUAGAUAGGCGUGAAAUUAACCAAGAAAUGAAACAAAUUCGAAAAUCAAAUCGAAAUGCUAAGAAAAAACGUAAAGGUGAUUUCCUAUAUUAUUAAGUAUAUUUUAUAAAUCUAAAUGUAUCAAAAUGUUAAAGGAUUUUGAUUUCGAAUGUUUAUUAAAAAUUGAAUUAGAUUUCGUUCUUAAAGGAAGGAGGAGUUGUUGUGUUAGUGCACGUUCAGAAGAGAGCCUCUCGUUCGAGAGAGAAAAAGGGAAAUUGAAUGCUGUGACAUGAAAGCGAUCGAAGAAUAAAUCAGAACUUGUUUGUACAUCAGUCGAAUCAGUCGUGUUUAGACUAACGUCCAUCUUUAUCCGAAACCUUACCGUUCCGUUUAAGAAUAAGUUAGGACGUUCCUCCGCUUCGUCUCUGUCCGCCUUUUGUAGUUAUAUCGUACGCGAGUAGCGGAAGUACUUUAUAAUACCGUUCAGCUCCGCUAGUUCAUACUUCAUUUCCCUAACUGAAUUCUUACCAGAAACCUGCCCUGAGGUUAGGAUUUCUUGCCGGGCACAGUAACAGACAAGUGGUCCUCUACGGAGGUGGCGCUUAAGCCACUUGUUGGAAAAUUCCAGGGUUAAAGGUCGUAAGAAUCUAAUCAAAUAGCUGAUGCUACAAAUUGGCGCCCAACGUUUAAAAGGCCUUUUCAGAUUAAUAUUUUUUUGUGGAUUGAUUAUAACUGAAGUUCUUGCAUUGUAAAAUAAAACACGAAUGUUAAAUUUGUGUAUUUGAUUGUUCUUGGUGUAUGCGUCUUAGGUAAUAGAAGAAUAUUAUAUGAUAUAAUUGUUGAAUUUUCCUUUUCUGCAUCUUUAUAACUUACAUUAUCUUAUUAUUUUUUAUACAUAUCCUUUAUUGAAAUAUCUAGUUAGUUGAAAUUAUUGAAUUUUUAAUUGAAUUUGUUUAAUGAACUGAGUGAGUGAAUGAAUUGGUAGAUCGUUUUUUUUUUUUUUUUGAACAAUAUCCUUUUCUAUCUUUAUAUAUUAUACGGAGCAAUGGUUAUUACAUACCCAUACGCGGACCACCUUACAGUGGAAGAAGUAGAUUAUGAACUGGAAUUGAGGAAUUAUGAUGUUGGUAAAGAUUUGUCGUCAAAGCUUAGAUUACUCCGAAGACU